CACGGCGCUGGACUACCCCAUCUCCGCUACCCUCUCCUCUACCCCGAUUCUACUCUGCAACAUUAUUGACGCGUGGCUGGAGUGUCUGACGCGUCUGUCUGGCAUUCCUGACCCGCCGCACCUCCUGCGAUGCGCCAUGGCAGACGAUGCCACUGCAAGUGCGCUGUCCGACAUGUCACCUCAACCCACUGCAAACCCUGACGCCCAAACCACCGUCAACGACUUCCUCGACUACACCGAAUUCUUCCCCUCGGACUUGAUCCGCUCGCUGCGCCUCAUCCGCGACCUCGACAGCAACUACCUUGAUGCUACCGAAGCCGUCCAUGAGCUCACCAAGACAUAUGGCAAUCUUCCUCAUAUUCCCGAAAGUGAGCGGCCGCGACCCCAGUACCUGCGCAAAGAGAUUGCCGCGCAGCUCGAUCAGGCCGUGUACUGCAGGGAAUCGACUUAUGCCGAGGCCGCCCGCCUCUACGAGGUUGCAGAACGUCAUUGCCAUCGCCUGAAGAUAAUCAAGAGGAAGCUUCAGGCGCUGCCCCAGCCACCAUCGCGCGACCCUACCCCGGCCCCUGUAUCUCCCCAGGCAACGCGAUCAGCCAACCGCGGCUACGAGAGAACCCCGCGCAUUCAUCUACACUUUGAUGGUGGACGGCAUGGCGCGAGCUCGACAGCGCGCCCCAGGGACCGCAGCCGGAAGCCAACCGCGCCGCUGCCCAGAGCGCUUUCGCUAGAUAGUUUAAGCUCCUCAGAUAUGUCUGAUGCUGAGUCGGAAGUGAGGUCGACCAUCGACCUGGCAACGGCGCAUUCGCCCAAGAAGAUCAAGGAGAAGACGCCGAAACCCCCGAAGCCUGCGCGCUUUCGUAUGCCUGGUAGCCAAGGUACAAACGUUCACAGUUCGAUUGCCGGCAUAUCGACAAGCAAUGCGCUGGCGAAGCUGUCUCCCCCACCAGCGGAUGCUCGACCCGGCAGCAAAUUCGCGCCCUGGUUUAAGUUGACAGAGUAUGAAAUGGCAGUACUUCGGAAACAGAUGAAAAAGAAUGCAAUAUGGUGUCCCAGCGACACCAUGAUUCGUCGUGAACUGGAGAGGAAAGGCCGUGGACAUGUAAACUAUGAUAAGGAAAAAGCGCGCUGUGAGGCUACUGGUGAAGAGUUUAUUGACGAAGACCUUGAGGAGCCGUCUGUGCCGAAAGUCAAUCCUCCAGCUCUCGUCAAUCCAAAUCCGCCCGCUGAUGCCGCUCCUCCUACCCCAAACCCAGCACCUGCUCCCGUCGAGCCUCCGAAAGAUACUGUUAGAGAGGAUACAGCCACGGUCAACAAAGGCAUGAAGCUAAAUGAGGCCAAAGAGGCAAAGAAGGUCAAGCGGGAAUCACAACGAGAACAGGCCAUGCGCGACGCACAGGGACUUGAAGAUGCUACAAGGAAGAUCAAGGAGGCCGCGGAGAACCUCAAGGAGCUCAAUUUUGCUUCAGACAGUGUUAAUGUCACUCCAACCGCGCAGAGGAGGAAGUCGACCACUAAGACAACGAACAAACGCAAACGCGAAUGCACUCCACCCCCGCCACCUGCAGCCGACACGCCUACCACUAUCACACGAGAGGCAUCCUCGGUUUCCCAAGACAGCGGAACCAAACCACCUGAUCCAAAACGUCUCCGGCUGCAAAACCUCCCACCUCUAGCACCAGCACCAGCACCAGCACCCACACCCGUCGCACCCACCCCUGCAACAGUAACCACCCCUAAAGUGACAACACCCAUAAUAACCACGCCGGUUGUUCACACUCCUAUUCCGCUCCCGGAUCCAAUCAAGACGAUUACCGUGCAAGUGCCUCUUGCACCUGCAGGCCCAAGUACCCCCAAAAGCGCCACAAAACCAGCUUCCACAGCGCCCAGCCGACACGUGACGCCUGCGCUCCCCUCUCCGACGCAGAACAAGAAGCCCCAAGAAGCCGUUCCAACGCUAGCUCAGCCAACUCAGCCCACCGUUACAGCGGCCUCAUCUCGUCCUCGCCGAGAGUCCGUUGCUUCCAAAGUUCCUACCCCGCCUCCUGCUCCAGUUGAACCAGUGCAGCCUCCGAAGGCACGGAAGACACCGACGCCAGCUCCCGAGCCUGUUCGCUCAUCGCCUGGUCCUGUUACACGCCCGCGAUCUUCACGAGGCCACAUGCCAACACCAAAAGCCCAGAGCGAAGAGCCCAAACUCAACGACCUAGGCAGGAACACUCGGGAGCUUCGGCGUCACAGCAUCUUCAGUCAAUCUGCAGUUACAGCUACUCCUGUGCCUACUCGUAUGAGUACGCGCAAGAAGCCACCCCCUAAAGGUGAUAUUACAUCGGCUGAAGAUGGACAGAAGACUGUGACAAAUGUAAAGCGAGCCCAGGGUAGCAAGAACAAGAAGAAAAAGAAGGCAGACGAGGAGCCAACCGAGCCACUAGAAGAGAUCGAUCCCAAUGAGCCGCGAUACUGCAUUUGCGAUGACGUGAGUUUCGGGCAGAUGAUUCAGUGCGACAAUAAUUGCGAGAAAGAAUGGUUCCAUCUUGAUUGCGUGCAUAUGACUGAGAAGGAAAUUCCUUCCCGUCGCGCCAAAUGGUACUGUCCGGACUGUCGUGCGCAACUAGGCACCGACGCAUAUGGCAAUCCACUCGUUCCUCCAGCGUUGCCUGGUCGGCGUGGAAAUCGGUAGGUCUCCUUGUUUCUCUCCUCGGCAGCAUACUGAGUUAUUGAGGGGCUGGAGUACUUAAAGGUUAUCUAGGUCGGUAUAGCGGACAGACCGCGGCUUUGGAAUUCUGGAAUUGGAUGGGAACAUGCUCGGAUCUGCUGUAUGAUAUAAACAGUGGAAUUAUACGUGUGGCGCAGUGUGGACUCCUAGGUCUCAGGACUGAUUCUUUAGACGGAUUUGUGCAGGCCCGUGUUCUACAAUAUGC